CAUAUACUCCAGUUGUUUCCUCUCGGAGCCUUGACAACUUACUCCACCAAGAUGAAGAUUGCCUAUAUCAUCCCCGCCCUGGGAAUGGCCCACUCGGCACUUGCCACCGUGAAUGCAGGACCUUACAAUUCUGCAUACGCCAAGUAUUGCGGUAGUGGCCAGAGCCGGGGUACUGUCACUAUUGAUCAGACCGUAUUCUCAUACGUCUGUGACACUGGAAACUCUGCCAUCAGCAAGGCCCCGAUAUCAGUGCGCUCGCUUGACAUAUGCGCCGACCUGUGUGAGAGUGACGGCGCCUGUGACAAAGCUGUCUGGUUCCGUGACAACGGGAAUUGCUGGCUCUCAACCCCGGGGUCUGACACUCAUGCUCCGGGCCAAAUCGCCAUUACCAGGGACCGGACCGCGAAGCCUUCGCCUGAUCCCAACCAUAUCCAAACGGUGCCCCCAGUCUGCAACAACACGAACAGCCGACAGGUGACCCGGGUGAGCGGCCAGGGAUGGUUCCUGGCGUGCGGUACACGAUUCGGUGUUACACGGCCCAACCAAGUUGGUAAAGUGGAGAGCCUGGAGAGGUGCAUUGAUACCUGCAAUCAACGUCCCGGCUGUCGGAGCGUCAUGUGGAAUCGCGAUGAUAGGUAUUGUUAUGUUACCGACAAGAAUUCGUUGGAGAAGGAAGUCACACAGAAUGCUAGUAUCGACGCUGCCAUCAAAAUUGAGUAGGGGGGAUAGAUGAUGGAGUGUCUGACUGUCAGUGUGUUGAGCUGAAGGCACAUGGGCAGAAACUUUGCUGCCAUGGCUAGGUAUGCUAAGCGUUGUUCUCUGUCCGGUGAUUAUUCUGUCUUGUUCUCUGCUUUGGCCACCGGCUGUCUCUCCUUUAGCAGAAU